UUAUCCGCUCGUGUGUUAUCAAAUGAACGUCAAUUGUAUCGGAAAAUAUUCCAUGCAAGUUAUGUUGAGCAGUUUGUUGAUCGUUCACGAUUUAACUGAAAUACACCUUUGAAUAACACAAUUGGAGAUACAAUUAUCAUUACCAGAAUUGAUGUGGAAAGCCAAUUUAGUUGUCAUUAAGGUAAACUUGGUUAUCACAUGGCUAUCAAGCAACAAUGACCUGUCACUAUUAUAAUACAUAGAUUUUCAAUCUUUUCAAAUUCAUCAGUUUUCACUUGUCUCAAUUUAUUAUUGUAUUGUUUUUACCAUGUAAUAAAAAUCUGGACGAGUAAAAUGAAAGGGAUUUCACUAAGCCACAGAUUUGAUAUAAAAGUAUUAGACACUAAUCAGUAAUUUCAGUAAAUCUGAUUUAUCAAACGAAUCAGUUUAAAUCAGCAAAAAUGGUACUGAAAAUGUUUAAACUUACUCUUGUUUUGAUCUGCAUUUCAGCCAUUACUGUGAGUGAAGGUCGAGCUGUUCAAAAACGAAAUGUCUUGGAUGAUUUAUUGGCCAACGUUCAAGCUACGAUAAAGGUUGAAGAUGAUGGCAAGUUGUCGCUUCCUGCUGUUGGACAAAUUGAACGUGCUCGGUCAAGCUUCCUCGAAUCCAUUUCACAACUGUAUGCAGCCGCCCAGCAAGGUACCGAUAAUUUUGAAUCAUACCUUCCAGAUUUACAAAAGAUUUUGUCUCAACGAGUUGACUCUGUUGUUAAAGCCCUGGAUAAACACUUGGUUCAAAAUUCUCGUAAAAUUGACGAGAUUAAAAAGUUCAUGCUCCAAAAUGAUGGUAAAACAUUGAGAUCACUGGAAAGUCGAUUUGAAAAUCUUAUCUCAAUGCCUGAUGUGUCCACUGAAAGUAUCUUUCAAAUCCUUGGUACUAUUGAUAAGAUUGAAAAACAUUUGAUUAGUGAAGUUUCAUCUCUUAAAUCUCGGGGUCUUUUCGGAAUCAAUUGGGGUUCAGUAAAGGACACUGUUGUUGAUCGAGGAACUGCCAUUGCUGAGAAAGUUGGUGAUACUAUUAGAUGCUUCUUUGGAAUUGGCUGUGGAAAUAGAAAAUCUAAGGCCGAUGAAGAAAAGGAUCAGAAGAAGAGGCAAGAGGAAGAAGAAAAGAAGAGGAAACAACAGGAGAAGAUUGAAAAAGAGAAAGAAAAUGUAAGAGCGGCCUUAGAGAAGGUUGAAAAAGCCGAUAGACUGUCCAAUGAAGAAAAAAUUGAUACAUUUAGACAAGCUAGUGCUGCACUAGACAAAGCUGAAAACUCUGCGGAUCAAGUAAUCAAAGAAGUCAAAUCAAACUCACCAACUAAAAAUGGUUCUAGUGCUUCAUCAUCUUCCAAAACUAACACUAAGCCAACUUCAAACUCUGAAAAAAACACUAAAUCUCAGAGUCAAGCACAACCUGUUACUUUGAAACCUGACAAAACUAAAGAGACUGAUAAUUCAAAGAAGACUUCUUCUCCGCAGAAACAAUCUCAAUCUUCUGGUCCUUCUGCUGCUAAAAAACCUGUAGACUCAAAGAAAGAUUUAUCUCCACAAAAGCAAUCUGAAUCUUCUUCGGGUGUACAAUUAGUUGUAGAUUUGCCAGUAUCCGCUUCUCAAAAUACUAAUUCUGGAACCUCGAAUGAUAAAAAAUCUGGACCUUCUACUAAACAAACUGCUGAACCUAAGAAAGAAUCUGAAGCAUCUAAGCAAUCGAAAGCAGUCGAAUCAAAGAAGGGUUCUUCUCCACAGAAACAAUCUGAAUCUUCUUCGGGUGCACAAUUGAUUGUAGAUUUGCCAGUAUCCACUUCUUCAAAUACUAAUUCUGGAGCCUCGAAUGAAAAAAAAUCUGAAUCUUCUUCUACUAAACAAACUGCUGAACCUAAGAAAGAUGCUUCUUCACAAAAGCAAUCUGAACCUUCUUCUAGUGCUCAAAAUGCUGAACCUAAAAAAGAUGUUGAAUCGUCUAAGCAAUCGCAAGCGACAGAAUCAAAGAAAGAUUCUUCUCCACAAAAACAAUCUGAUUCUUCUUCUGGUGUACAAUUGGUUGUAGACGCGCCAGUGUCCACUUCUUUGGAUACUAAUUCUGGAACCUCAAAUGAUAAAAAAUCUUCCGACUCUACAUCGGACCCUUCUGCUACUAAACAAACUGCUGAAUCAAAGAAGGAUUCUUCUUCUGGUGUACAAUUAGUUGUAGAUUUGCCAGUAUCUUCUUCUCAAAAUACUAAUUCUGGAACCUCGAAUAAUAAAAAAUCUGAACCUUCUUCUGAACCUUCUUCUACUAAACAAACUGUUGAACCUACGAAAGGUUCUGAAUCAUCUAAGCAAUCUGAAGCUUCUACUAAACAAAACGAUGAACUUACGAAAGAUUCUGCUCCACAAAAACAAUCUAAUUCUUCUUCUGGUGUACAAUUGGUUGUAGACACGCCAGUAUCCAAUUCUCAGGAUACUAGGUCUGGAAAUUCAAAUGAUAAAAAAUCUUCUGACUCUUCAUCUGAACCUUCUUCUACUAAACAAACUGUUGAACCUACGAAAGAUUCUGAAUCAUCCAAGCAAUCCCAAGCAAGCGAAUCAAAGAAAGAUUCUUCUUCUGGUGUACAAUUGGUUGUAGAUACGCCUGUAUCCUCCGGCUCUUCUGAUAGAAACCAACCUACAGAUACGAAAAAGGAUGUUGAUUCAUCUGAAAAAACCCACAACUCUGAAUCCAAAAUCAAUGAGCAUGAAACUAGUACUAAACAUUCUGAUCUCUAUUCUCAGACCGUUACCCAAGCAUGGAACGCCGAGUCUUUAUCCGCAGGUCAAGAUCAUACAACAAAACCUAAUGCAUCGUUAUCUGAUGAAACUGCUGUUGAAUUUUCAAGUGAUUCUUAUGAAGAUGUUACUGUUGGUUCAGCAGCUUCAUCAGAAACAAGCAAUCAUGGAUCGAUUUCAGUUGCAGCUACAUCUGAAGCUAAUCAACCUACAACUCAGUCCACAAAUUCUAGUACGUCUGAUGGUAACAAAGUUGUCGUCAUAAUAACUUCAAAUGAUAACGACUCUGGUUCAUCUGAAAUACCAUCACAAUCGUCCAAUCAGCAAACUAGUUCUAACUCAGCGUCUGCAACUAAUAAUCAAACAUCUCAAGAAUCCAGCUCAACUAUUACUUCCGUUCAUGAUGGCGUUAACGCUGGAUCUGACCAAGCAAAAGAUCAAUCUGGUUCUCCCUCUUCUCAAACUUCGAAUCAUGAAUCAAGCUUAAGCUCUACUUCCGAAUCUACCACUCAAUCUUCUCAAGCAUCUUAUGAAUCUAGCUCAAUUAGGACUUCAGAUACAGAGUCUAAUAGCCCAGUAACACAACAAUCAGGCGGAUUAUCCAUAGAUGUAACUGUUGGAUCAAUUGUUCCAGUUUCAACUGAAACUAAGUAGCCAAGCUACCAAUCAUCUUGCAGUCAUCCA